AUGGCUUCUUCUUCUUCUUCUUACAUCAUCCAUUUCUUCAUCUUAUCGCUAUCUUUUUUCUCACUUUCUUCUUUAUCAGCAUCCUCUAAACCAAACUCCUUCAUUCUUCCCAUCAAAAAAGACCCAUCAACCAACCUCUUCUACACAUCAGUUGGCAUAGGAACUCCUAGAACCAAUUUCAAUCUAGUCAUUGAUCUUGCAGGAGAAAACCUGUGGUAUGACUGUGAUACUCACUACAAUUCAUCAUCCUAUACUCCUAUUCAAUGUGGCUCUAAACAAUGUCCAGAUGUUGCAUGUAUUGUUUCCUGUGAUGGCCCUUUCAAACCAGGUUGCACUAACAACACAUGUCCUGCUUCUGCAACCAACUCAUUAGCCAAUUUCAUUUUUGGCGGCGGACUUGGUCAAGAUUUCAUUUUCAUUUCUCAAUACAAAGUUUCUGGUUUGCUUUCGAGUUGCGUUGAAACUGAUAGAUUCACUGAUGAUUCACCACUAAAUGGCUUACCAAAAAACACCAAAGGGAUUAUUGGUCUUGCAAGAUCAAACCUUUCAUUGCCAACACAGCUUGCUUUGAAAAACAAUCUUCCAACCAAAUUCUCUCUUUGUUUGCCUUCUUCAAACAAACAAGGAUUCACUAACUUGCUUGUUGGAUCAGAUGAGUUGUCCAAAUUUGUUCAAACUACACCACUCGUUGUGAAUCCUGUUUCGACAGGUGCUGUUUCUGUUGAAGGUGUCCCUUCAAAUGAAUAUUUUAUUGAUGUGAAAGCUAUAAAGAUUGAUGGACAUGUUUUGAACUUUAAGCCUUCUUUGUUGUCCAUUGACAAAAAGGGAAAUGGUGGCACCAAAAUUAGUACUAUAACUCCUUUCACUGAAUUGCAAACAACAGUUUACAAGCCAUUUAUUCGUGAUUUCCUCAAGAAGGCUUCAGAUAGGAAACUAAAGAGAGUGGAAUCAGUGGCACCAUUUGAGGCUUGUUUUGACUCAACUAGCAUUGAAAACACUGUACCAAGAAUUGAUCUUGUUCUUCAAAAGGGAGUGCAGUGGACAAUUCAUGAAACCAAUUUGAUGGUUAAUGUAAAGAAAAAUGUAGCAUGUCUUGGAAUUGUUGAUGGAGGUACAGAGCCAAGGAUGUCUUUUACAAAAGCUUCGAUUGUUAUUGGUGGACAUCAAUUAGUGGACAAUCUUUUGGUGUUUGAUCUAUCUUCCUCAAAGUUAAGCUUUAGCUCCUCGCUUUUGGUUCAUAAUGCGAGUUGUUCCUAA